AUGGGAAAACUCCAAGAAUUCGACAUAACUUUGAAAGACAAUAAAGUUGUUUAUAGUCCCGGGGAGUCAAUUUCAGGCACUCUGAAAAUCACAACCACCGAAGCGCUGCUAUGUAAAGGUAAGGUUCUGAAAACGUCACCAUUUAACAGUCAUUGGCAACUUUCUUUCACCUGUCGUGAAUCCGUCGUCUCCUCGGACAAGGAAGUAACAUUAGUGUUCCACUGAAGCAAACACAAUGGUCAUGCCAUGCAAUUGUGAUUUGUGACACGUUUUAUUUACAGUAGCCUACAUUGAAUUUUUUUAUAUUUUAUUAUUUUCUGGUGAUGAAUGUGUACAACAAAUGUGUAAAUAAUUCAGGUAUGGGCGGCAGGUAGUUUAGUGGUUAAGAGCGUUGUGCCAGUAACCGAAAGGUCGCUGGUUCUAUAAUAAAUAAUAAUAAUAUGCCUUUUAGCAGACGCUUUUAUUCAAAGCGACUUACAGUCAUGCGUGCAUACAUUUUUGUGUAUGGGUGGUCCCGGGGAUUGUACCCACUACCCUGGCGUUACAAGCGCCGUGCUCUACCAGCUGAGCUACAGUUCUAAUCCCCGAGCCGACUAGGUGAAAAAUAUGUCGAUGUGCCCUUGAGCAAGGCACUUAACCCUAAUUGCUCCUGUAAGUCGCUCUGGAUAAGAGCUAAAAUGUAAAUGUAGGUAGACUAGGGGGGUGAUCAGUCUCUCGUGUUAGUGUUGUCAGAGAGGCAAAUUCUACCCUCAUUUUUGGGGACUGUUGAUUAACAUAAUUUGUUGUAAUUUACCAUAUCUUAAAGGUAAAACAAAAAAACUUUGUCUAGCUAUUAACAUUUAUACCAAGGAUUAAAUGGCAAUUGGCAAGUAUAGAAGUAGAAAUGAUAAGCUCAGAAUUGUAGUAGGAUAUAACAUUGAAUUGUUCAAUGGGCCAGAGCUGUGUGCCUUAUGAAAGGAUCUCAAAGUGCUGCCCCUGUCCCAAGUAUCAAAUCGCUAUUGACAGCUGGUGGACACCCUCAUCCCUAUCACCUGUUGUUAUAGUAGAACAAAAACACUAAUCUAGUCAUCAAAAUUGCCCUGGGGGUGAUCAAACAUGUUUUGAGGUAAGCCCAUUUAAUUUUUUUUCAUUGCUGUUUAGACAGUAGGUGGUGGAGUUAAAGAACAACCCCAAAAAAUAUUAUCUGUGUUCAUGGUAAAACACAAAUAGUUGAAGAUACAUUUUCUCUGAACCUUAGUGAACAUGAAAACUAAAUUGCCCUCUAAACACACUAAAGACGUUUUGUGUCAUGGGAGUUUCGGCUCAAUGUCUUGUGUUAAAGCUCCGGUUUGUUUACAUUCCAGGUCAGGAAUAGCAGAUCAGGCUGAAGCAGCUUGAGUCAUGCAUUUAGAUACUGAACACAGUCUCACUGGCUGCACUGUUAUUGUUAACUGAUGUCUUAUGAACUUCAUAACCUUCCCAAGUUACCACAGUAUUGGUUAUCUGACCCUUUGUGAGGACUUAACAUUCAAUUUUCACAACAGGUGGUACUCUUAACAAUAUCACAUUUUUAGACUGUGUAAAGUGGAUCCUCUCUCAUGUUCUUAAGAAGUCUACUUUUUUCAACAUUAUAUGAUUGUCGUUAUGAGAAGUUAUAAUUAAACUUAUCUUGUAUAAUUUUAGCCUGAAUAUCUAGUUGAAUAUCAGAGUACUGAAGUUUAUACUUCCACAGGGUUUGUUGAUUAGUUUUUACUUGGCUGUCCUCCUCCAGGACUGUCAGUGUGUUUUUGGGCUCCAUCCAGAAUUAUGAUUGAUUGAACUAUGAAUUAAUGUGGGUGUGGGUGAUAACCCACUACUGGCCAAGAGCUGUUUCCCCGCUAGGACUCCCAUUUAGCACCCUUUAAUUGAUGUGCUCAUUGGCUUGUGUGACUUUAGUGUGUUUGAGUUUCGCUGCCAGGUAUAUGACUCACAUAACAAAAACAAACUGAUCAAGUGUGUCACAUUAUGUCACGCCAGGAAAACUGUUUUGUCUGUUUGACUUUGUUUUAGGAUCCCUCAUUAUUUGAGAGUUUGUUUUUUAGUUCUGUUUUUAAGAAUAUAUUCUGUGUGACGUGUUAGGUGUUAACAAUAGGUGGGUUGGGGCUUUGUUUUCAGGAGAAUAUCCCUUAGAAUGUAAACUCUCCUAAAAGGGCUAUCAAUAAUUGAUUGAUGUGGUCUGCAUCUGUUUCUAUCUGCCAUUUGUUUGGCAAUCUAAGGACCUUAAGUUAUCUUAUUUUCUUGUGAAGUUAAUAGAUCUGUGUUUUGCUGUGUAUUAUCCCUGCAGAUAUCAAAGUGAAUUGCCAAGGCUUCUGUGGUGUCACCAGCAAGAGCAAUGACACAGCCUGGACAGAUGAAGAGCAGUACUUCAGCAGCACUCUCUCUGUGGCAGAUAAAGGUACUGUCAACUGGGUCAUGACCUGCUCACCUUUAGUUUUAGGCCACAUAUUCACCUCCCUUUUCCACUUCUUACUGACACACUUCAGUUAUAGUGUAACUGUUUCCUUUGAAAUGGAGAUGUUAUUUUAUCACAUACAUACAGUAUAAGUCAAAAGUUUGGACACACCUACUCAUUCAAGGGUUUUUCUUUCUUUUUACUAUUUUCUACAUUGUAGAAUAAUAGUGAAGACAUCAAAACUAUGAAAUAACACAAAUGGAAAAGUAGCCUUUGACGGCUUUGCACACUCUUGGCAUUCUCUCAACCAGCUUCACUUGGAAUGCUUUUCCAAACAGUCUUGAAGGAGUUCCCACAUAUGCUGAGCACUUGUUGGCUGCUUUUCCUUCACUCUGCAAUCCGACUCAUCCCAAACCAUCUCAAUUGGGUUGAGGUCGGGGGAUUGUGGAGGCCUGGUCAUCUGAUGCAGCACUCAUCACUCUCCUUCUUGGUAAAAUAGCCCUUACACAGCCUGGUGGUGUGUUGGGUCAUUGUCCUGUUGAAAAACAAAUGAUAGUCCCACUAAGCCCAAACCAGAUGGGAUGGCGUAUCGCUGCAGAAUGCUGUGGUAGCCAUGCUGGUUAAGUGUCUUGAAUUCUAAAUAAAUCACAGACAGUGUCACCAGCAAAGCACCCCCACACCAUAACACCUCCUCCUCCAUGCUUUACGGUGGGAACUACACAUGCGGAGAUCAUCCGUUCACCCACACCGUGUAUCACAAAGACGUGGCGGUUGGAACCAAAAAUCUCAAAUUUGGACUCCAGACCAAAGAAAAAAUUCCACCAGUCUAAUGUCCAUUGCUCGUGUUUCUUGGCCCAAGUAGGUCUCUUCUUCUUAUUGGUGUCCUUAAGUUGUGGUUUCUUUGCAGCAAUUCAACCAUGAAGGCCUGAUUCACACAGUCCACUCUGAGCAGUUGAUGUUGAGAUGUGUCUGUGACUUGAACUCUGUGACGCAUUUAUUUGGGCUGCAAUUUCUGAGGCUGGUAACUCUAAUGAACUUAUCCUCUGCAGCAGAGGUAACUCUGGGUCUUCCAUUCCUGUGGCGGUCCUCAUGAGAGCCAGUUUCAUCAUAGCGCUUGAUGGUUUUUGCGUUUGCACUUGAAGAAACUUUAAAAGUUCCGUAUUGACUGACCUUCAUGUCUUAAAGUAAUGAUGGACUGUCGGUUCUUUGCUUAUUUGAGCUGUUCUUGGUCUUUUACCAAAUAGGGCUAUCUUCUGUAUACCCCCCCCCCACCUUGUCACAACACAACUGAUUGGCUCAAACGCAUUAAGAAGGAAAUAAAUUCCACAAAUUAACUUUUUAAGAAGGCACAACUGUUAAUUGAAAUGCAUUCGAGGUGACUACCUCAUGAAGCUGGUUGAGAGAAUGCCAAGAGUGUGCAAAGCUGUCAUCAAGGCAAAGAAUGGGUGGCUAUUUGAAGAAUCUCAAAUAUAAAAUAUAUUUUGAUUUGUUUAACACUUUUCUGGUUACUACAUGAUUCCAUAUGUUAUUUCAUAGUUUUGAUUUCUUCACUACUUUUCUACAAUUUGAAUGAGUAGUUGUGUCCAAACUUUUGACUGGUAGUGUAUGUAAGAAGGAAAAGGUAAACAAACAUUUAAUCCCUAUUCUGAGAGGUUCCCCUUCUACCCUGAAAGUUGAAUGUGAUUCAUAGAAGAGGAACAACACAGCCAUUGUUAAAUGGACAGAAUGUUUUCCAGCCAGCUGAUCUGAUGCUUAUCUUUCUUCCUGUGUCCCAGGAACCCUGAAACAGGGAGAUCACAGUUUUCCAUUCAAGUUUCUCAUUCCAGGUAAGGCCGCUGAGUGAUGGAGCUUUGCACACUUGUUGCACCACAUUGUUUCAAACAUAUGUUUUUUCCUCACAUUCUAUAAAAUCGGUAAUGCCCUGGCAUGUGAAUAGUUACUUUAGUUUUGACAUGGCUCGUUCAUUAUAAGCUGAAGUAAUGUGAGAAAUGUAGUACAAUGCCAUUUCCUGAGUCUCUACAUGAAUGAUUAUGAGGAUGAGGAUUACCAUGGGGACCGUUGCCAUGUCUCUAGAAUGGAAAUUGAGCUACAAAUGACUGCACAUUGGCAGAGUAAUUGAUGUGAGCCUCUAAAAUAACUUACUCGUGCCAAUGAGUUUAUAAGAGGUUGAGGUAACACUGUACAUAAAGGUAUAGAAGGGUUAUAAGUAGUUUAUAAAUGUUUCGUUAUUAGCUUAUAUAUAUAUAUAUUAGUUAAUCUGUAAUAAACCAUUUUAAUGCAUUAGUUGAGAUUGUGCCCUUGUCAUUAGCCUCCUUUUCCCUUGUUGACUAGUAUGGUAGGGACUGAGAGAGAGCAUUGAUGCCCCGAGGUGUGUAAGCUGAACUGCUUAGUUCCCAAUUCCACCUGUUAUCAUUGUUAUGCUAUCCCCUGUACUGGUAUGGCAGUGGCUUCCUCCCUUAUGUUAUGUUUUGUCUCAUGGUCAUUUAUGCUAACAAUCUGUCAUGGCCUACUUCUCUUUUUGUUUCAAAGUAUGACUCCUGAUUAUUGAACCGUUACACUUUGCAUGCUAAGGAAAUUAGUCCGAUAGAUCAUUAUAUAAACUAUAUCACGUAUUCUGCCUUGUCUAUGCAAUAGCUCACAGGGAGGGGAGCCCCAUGAUAACAUCAUAAACCCUCCACUCAUUACUUAUCGUUAAGAUCUGACAGACUGCCUUUCCAGUUGAGAAGGGAUUCCCUUUCACUCUGACAAAGCUGUCUUUCAUAACAACGUAUGUGAAACAUACCACAGAAGCACAAACCAACCUGACCAGAACUGUUCAUUCUGAUUUAAAAUCUGUCAUUUGAAACUUGCAUCUGCUGUUCAAUUUACACCGUCAAGACUUUCAAUUGUAAAACAAUUAGAUACAGGCCAUUUGUGUUGCCACUGUUUUUGCCAAUAUUCUUGCCACCGUGAAAAGACAUCCUGUGCUAAAUAACUUUACUCCUUCCACCCCCAUAUAGCCUCUGUUCCCACAUCCUUUGAAGGAAACUAUGGAAAGGUUAUGUACAGAGUGAGGGCUUUCAUUGACACUCCUCGCUUCUCUAAGGACUAUAAGACUGAGAAGCCUUUCUACCUGCUGAGUCUCCUCAACCUCAAUGAUGUACCUGACAUCAAUGUGAGAGCUUCCCUGGCAGAUUUGAUACCUUUUCACUUUAUCAGAGAUAUCCAAACCUCAGACACUGGACAUUGGUGAAUCUGGUCUUAACCUUAUCUUUCCCAUCUGUUUCCAGGGACCUAGUUCAUCUUCCGUUACUAAGAAGUUCACCUACCUGCUGGGGGUAAAGACAGGAACUGUGGUGCUGAAGGCCCAUAGUGACAUGAAGGGCUACACACCUGGUCAGGUCAUCCAACUGACCACAGAGAUCCACAACCAGUCUGGGAAAACCACAGGGACUGUGAUAGCCUGUCUCAUGCAGGUAUAGAGUACUGACCUAGAGUCUACAGUGCUUGAAAUAAAGCAAGGCUAAGGAUGUACAAGAGAAGAGCGUUUCAACAAAGUAUGUUUGUGUCAAUGGUGUUAUAUAGCUGCAAUGUGGUAAUUCUUGCCUCAAUGUGUAGGUGAGAUAUAAAGGGAUUGCUUUAUUUUAGUCACUCAAUCAUUAUCUACCAUAUUUCUGUGUGCUCAUCUCCAACAGAAAGUGACUUACCAGACAAAGAAGCCUACCAUUGACUUGAGGACUUUAGUGCAGGUGGAGGGUUCUGGGGUGAAGGCUGGCAAACAGGUUGAGUGGAAGGAGCAGAUUAUCGUACCUCCUCUGCCCCAGUCAUCUCUGGCUGGCUGUGGUCUAAUAAACAUGGAAUACUUUAUUCAAGUAAGCAACUUUUCUCUUCAUGAUAACAUUCCUCUACUGUUUCCUCUACAGCGAAAACCUUUGGUCCACAGUUUAGUGCCCAUGUUUUGAUAAAACCUUCUAUCCCUGGUACUUUAGAUCUCUCUGAAAUCUCCUGAGGCUUCGUUUUUGUUGCCCAUCCACAUUGGAAACAUCUCAGUGGAUACCACGUCAGCACAACCCUCCAGACCCCCUCCGACCACCGAUCCUGCUCGCUCCUCCGCAAAGCCUACCAAGCUAGAAAACAGCAGACGCUCUGAGCCAUCCUCCCAAUACCAAGGAACUCCUACUACUACCCCUGCCCCCCGCCCAGCCCCAAAACCUGUUCCCAGGAUCAGAGUCUCCACUUCCGCCCCUGCCUCCCCCAGCGCCCCUCCAGCUGAGAUGGACUAUCUGGCCAUGGGGGCCAGGGGGCAGGCGACCGAGGCCCUCCCUACCGAGAGCCACUCCCAGCUAGCUGCCUUGAGCCCUCAGGCCACUGUCUCCCCCAGUGCCUUCAGCUAUGCCCCAGGCCUCACCUUCUCCCAGAACCAGUCCCGGAGUGACGCCUCAAACACAUCGGGACCUUUGUUCUGUGUGUCCACAGGGGCCACCAUCCCAUUCUUCUCUGAGGGCAGUGCCAACCCCAUGCCUACCCUCUACCCACUCCUGCCUCCAGAGUACAGCCCCUCAACACUCCCACAUGGUCAGUCUCACACGCUGUUAAAUAACCUGUAGUGACUGGCGGUGCUAAUGCUAUUUACUUUUUACUCAAAGUUAUCUUAUUGCAGUUUGAUAUUAGUAUUUGGGUAAGGUGUUUCUAGUAUUGUAUUGUCAUCUCAAUGUAUCAGUUGUGGCUGGUUUGAGAAUAUUGGCUAAUAUCCAAUAUGAAUGAAAGUCUAAUUGCCACACCUUAGACAGUUAUGCCUUUGCUUUGUAAGUUUUGUCGUGACCUCAUGUCCUUUCUGAUGGAAAGUAUGUAGUUAGGUGGGUCUUGUGUAAUAAUGUCUCUGUCUGAUAACUAAUAUCCUCUGUCCUCUCUGUUACAGAGGCUCUUCCCAGCUAUGUGGAGAGCUGUAGCAGCAACACAUAAACAAUGUCAUGACACGGUACACUGAACAUGACAACCAACCUCUCUACUACUGGAUCAUGCUGCCAGAUAGCCCUCUUAAGUACAUCAGCCCAGGUUAAUCAACACCUUUUUAUGACUACUGAUUGCUUUCACACAAUUUUUGCACUUUCAGGACAGUAAUGUGUUUUUACGUAAACAGUUUUUAUAGCUGGAGACAAGUUUUAAAAGUUAAGUCAGGGUAAUUUAGAAUUAGUUUAGAAUAUGUUGAAAUGGCAUCUGUGAUGUUUGAAACCAAGUGAAGAUCCAUAAAGCCCACUAGCAACUACCCAGGCUAUGUUUUAUGUAACCUGUAUGUUUAUUUGUUUUCACUUAACUGUCUAUUCAUAGACAAUUCACUAUAUCCAAAUAAUGUUGUAUGCAUAGGAAAUAUGAUAAUCUACAAUGCACAACCUAAUAAAAUUGUGUUGUAUGUUUCACCA